GAGAAAAUAGUCAUAUUUGCAAGAAAUGAUUCGUGUUCUGUUUUUGGAGAAAACCGGAAAUUUCAUAGCAGUGGAGAUCAGACCCAAACCCAGGAAGGGCAUUUGAGAAGUCAUUUGGUGGAGCGUGUCUGUGAAAACAAUGAAGGUAAUCAAUGUGGAGAAACCGUAAGGCAGAUUACAAGUUUUACUGUGCAUGAGGAUUGCCCUCCUGGAGAAAAAUCCCAUGAAUGCACUAAGUAUAGAGAAGCCUUCACAGAUAGUUCUUUCCCUGAGAAUCCAGGAAGAUCUUAUCCUGGACACAAACCUAGUCCCUGUGAGGAAUGUGGGCCAGCCUGCAGGUGUGUCUUGAGCUUUAGCCCUCAUGUUGACGCACACCUUGUAGGGAAACCCUGUGAAUGUCAGGACACUGGGAGAGGAUCAAAGAGAGAAUUGAAGAGUCUCGGUAGUAAAAAAUCUUUAGAGUGCAAGAAAUGUGGAAAAGCUUUCACUUGCACCUCAUCCUUUCGGGGUCAUGUGCGAGGUCACUGUGGACAGAGAGUCCAUGCAUGUGAUGUGUGUGGGAAAUCCUUUAUGUAUCACUCCUGUCUUACACGUCAUGUGAGAACUCACACUGGAAUGAAACCCAGUGAUGGUACAGACUAUGGGAAAGCCUACAUUUGCCUCUCAUACUCUCAAGAUUACUCAAGUAAUCAAACUGGGAAAGGAACUUUUAGAUGUGGGCGGUGUGGGAAAGCCUUCACUCGUCAGGCCUACCUUCUAGUACAUGUGAGGACACACACUGGGGAGAGACCCUAUGAAUGUCAGCAAUGUGAGAAGACCUUCACAGAUCAUGGAAAUCUGCGAGAACAUGUGAGAACACACACUGGGGAGAGACCCUAUGAAUGUCAGGAGUGUGGGAAGACCUUCAAGUAUAACUCAGGCCUGCGAGCACACAUGAGGACACACACUGGGGAGAGACCCUAUAAAUGUCAGCAGUGUGGGAAAGCCUUCACUGGUCACUAUUCCCUUCUAGUACAUGUGAGAACACACACAGGGGACAGGCCCUAUGAAUGUGUGGAGUGUGGAAAAACUUUCCAGAAGUGUGAACAUUUUAAAAGUCACAUGACCAUGCACAGCACAGUGAAACCCUAUGAAUGUAAGGAGUGUGGCAGAGCCUUCCGGGAUCGCACAGACCUGCGAAUACAUAUGAGGACACAUACUGGGGAAAGACCCUAUGAGUGUCAGCAAUGUGGGAAGACCUUCAGACAUCUUGGAAAUCUGCGAGGACAUGUGAGAACGCACACUGGGGAGAGACCGUAUGAAUGUCAGCAAUGUGGGAAGACCUUCAGGUAUAACUCAGACCUGCGAGAACACGUGAGGACGCACACUGGGGAGAGACCCUAUAAACGUCAGCAGUGUGGGAAAGCCUUCAUUCGUCGCUACACCCUCCUAGUACAUGUGAGAGCACACACACAGGGUGGACAUGUGGAAUGUAAAGAGUGUGGGAAAGCAUACAAGUUUUCCUCAUCCCUUCGAGUGCAUAUGAAGAAACACACUGGGGAGAGACGUUCACUAGUCACUGCUCCCUUCAAGAACACGUCAGGAUGCGCAGUGGACAGUAUCCCUUUGAAUCUCAGGACUCUGGUAAGACCUUCCAGUGUCCCAUAGACCUGCAAGUACAUGUGAUGACACUCACUAGAGCAGAACCAUAUGAAUGUCUGCACUAUGAGAAAGCCUUCUGUUGCCCCUCUUCUCUUCAAGGACACAUGUGAAAGCACAGUGAUGUGAAACCCUAUGAACUUAAGAACCAUGGAAAAGCCUUCAGGUACCUCAUGAAUCUGGGAGCACAGACACGAUGCGGGAAAACAUUUAUUCUCCCUUAAAAUCGUUUUUAAAAUGCGAGCCAGCACACUGGAGAUGAACCUGAAUGGACACAAUUUUGGGAAGACUUCCAGUAUAGAAAUUCAUAUAUUGUUCAUGAAAAUUUUGACGGGACAGAAACUGUUUCAUUGUUAUAAACAUGGUUUUGUUUUUGCAAGUGCCUCUUCCUUGAUAGAGAUGUGAAGUGUCUUACUCCUAGGUCAUGUCGCUGAUAUGAACACUAAUGGUGGUAAGUGUCCUUUGUCCUCUGCAUCUGUACAACAUAGACUUUGUUAUCUCAGACGUGGAGUAAUCACAUGGUUAUGUAAAACAUGUCUCUUUUCCAUUACAAUGUCUCUUAGACCCAGGGGUGAUAAGAAUGUGCCUGUUUGGGGCAGUGGGGAUAAUAUAACUUUAUAUAAUUUUAGAAAAAGAUUUCUUGAAUUAUACAUUCCAGAUGUUCCUAGUGUAUGAUCAUGACACGAGACUUGUACUGUUGAAAGUUCUUUUAUGUUGUCUGUUGCAGAUACUGGAGUUUCCUGAUUCUAUAUCACCUCUUCUUUUCAGUCUUUAUUAUUGAAAGAUAUAUUUUCAGGGUGCCUGGGUGGUGCAGUUGGUUAAGCAU